AACGAAAUCGUCAGAUUUCAACGGGACCUUAAGAAAUGCUGCUGCAAGUGGGAUGGUCGGUCGAAUUGUGGGGUGUUCGAUAUUCAAAGAUUAGCGAGAGUUUGAUUCGAUGAAGGGUGGUCUGUGUUGCAUUUCAGGAUAUUGCUAUCAUGUUUCAACUCUCAUUAUAGCACAUGUAUCGCAUGGCUGACUUUAUUGAAGGCAUCGGAGAUGAGGUGAUUUGGUUUCUGAUAGCGGUAAUUGUCAUCGUGUUAAUAUCGCUGGCUUGGAUUAGUACUGGUAUACCACCAGUUGAUUAUUAUGUAUGGCUUGUUCAAAUGCAGAUUCAUCCCAAUAGAAGAAUUGUUCAGGUGUUGCAAGUAGAUAAUCAAGAAGUCAACUUAUUUCGAAAUCGUCGAGAUGGACGGCCUCUUGGUACGGUCACGGAACAAGCACUUGAAGCUUUAAUGGACAAUGAUGUUAUGGAACAAAGCACUUCUCAAGAGGCAGUGUUGCCUCAAAUAACAGAAAUGGCGCAACGACAAACAAGUGAGGACAGUACGCUGUACGCACAAGAAAUAUCGCAAACAGAACAGGCAACCAGCUUAACAGAAAGCACAGAAAACUUGCUCCAUGCAACUUAUUUACGAGGAGAAACUGGUAAUGGGGAACAAAAUGCUGAUCUUUUAACUUCAACUUCAAUUAAAAAUGGAAAGAAUUCGCCAACUGACAGAAAACGUGAAUUAUCUUCGGUUAUUACUGAUUCAGCAAUUCAAUCCGUUGCAAGAAUGGAAGGGGAUAACGCUGGGUGUCAAUUAUCUAAUGUAAAAUUAAAGUUUUUGGAUGACUCUCAGGUUGUUGCUUGUACAGCAUUGGAAUGUACUGUGGGACAGUUUAAGAGGCGCUAUUUCUGGGAAUCGAUACUUGCCGGGAAAAUAGUGCGGCUGAUUUAUCGCGGGCAGUUAUUACGAGAUGAUACACGAUCAUUAUUAAGUUAUGGUUUACAUGACCAAUGCGUUGUACAUUGUCAUGUUAGUUCUACACCUUACGCACAACCUUCCUCAUCAGCUCCGAACGCAUCAAAUAAUACUGUGUCAUCGUAUGAAUUUUCUGAUGUAAGCAAUGGAACAGCUGCAGCAGCCAUUGCAGCCAUAGCUGGCAGACAGUCGGUAUCGGCUAAUGCAGCAGAGGAAUUGACUCAAACCAUUAUUCAGACAUUUCGAGGUCAUUCUAUAGAAGACAAUCAAAGUGAUCCUGUAUUAAUACGAGUACAGAACGUCCUCUUGCGAACCUUUCGUUAUGGUUAUAAUGCAGUGAUGGGUCCAGAUCCAGGUAUAACAGCAAUGAGGGGUACAUCGUUGGAUGCAGCAGCUGAUGCUGCAACAGUUAAUGGAUGGAAUCAAAAUGAAAAUGCGGUAGGAGGUCGCAUUGGCCAAUAUGUCCAAGUUAUUUUCAUUGUGAAAUUUCUGAUAUUAUGGACAUUUGUAUUCCUGUAUCCACAAUAUACGGACCGGUUUUCUUUAUUGUUACUCACCUUUCUCAGUAUGUUUUUUAUAUCCAUUUUAUUUACUAAUGCUCAUCGUGCCAACAGUAGUGGCAUGCAGACACAAACUUAACAUACAAAAGAUAAAAAGCAAAGGAAGAGAAAGGAGUAAUGGUAGAGACGGGAAAGAAUGAAGUUCAAAGUCUUAUGUUUAAUUUCUGGUGAUUUCAACUCAACUAUAUGUCUCUCAAAAAAUAUAUAACG